AUGGCGAGUCGCGGCGGCAGCAAGCCCGGCAGGGAGAGCAAGGGCGAGAAGGGCAACAAGGACCUCGCCGUGACCGCCGCCGCGAUUGACGCGGCGAUGGAGACGCCGCUUUUGGCGGAGGAGGAGGAGGACGAGCUGGAGAUGGCGAAGGCGUGGAAGGCGGUGGAGGCGGUGCGCGUCAGCGCGGAUCUGCCGGCGGCGGCAAAGCAGCUCAUCACGCUACUGCGCCGCGUCGACCAGAACGGCCGGUUGUACGCCGGGCCGGCCAUUAAGGACGCGAUUAGGAGGUACGAGCAGUGUUGGCUGCGGAUGGCAUACGGGCAGACAGACGAGGUCAUGCGCACGCUACAGCCGCCGCUGGACGUGCAGUGGGUGUGGCUCGUUCACCGCCUCAACCCGGAGGCGUAUGCAGAGGACUGCAGCACCAUUCUCGGGCGGCUGUUAGACGGGGCGAUAUUCGAUCCGGAUGAUGACGACGUGGGCAGUGAGAGCGCGCGCGGGGAGGCAGCAGCCACGGCGGCGUGCAGGGCGCUCUGGGAGGAUCUCUUCCCCUUAGAGCCCUAUGACCCCCCCGCUCUUGCUGCUCCUGCUGCUGCCGCUCCUGCUGCUGGGGAUGAUGAUGUUGCAGCUGCGGCUGGUGCUGGGGAGGAGAGGGACGAGGGGAGUGGUGCAGCGGAAGGAGACGGUGCAGCAGCUACAGCUGAUGCUGCUGCUGCUGCUGCUGCUGGUGAUGGUGGGGGUGAUGGGGCGGAGAGGCAGGGUAAUGGAGCAGCAGCAGCGCCAGAUGCAGCAGCAGCGCCAGAUGCCGCAGCAGCGGCAGUGGUGCCACCAGCUCUGCCCCCCUCCCUCCCUUCGGAGCUAACUUAUGACCUCGAGGCCGCAGUAGCGCGCCAGAGCAGCUUCUUUUACCAGGUGGAGCGGCCGUGGAUGCUAGAGCGGCAGUACCUGCAGGGGUCACUGCAGCGCUACCGCAUGUUCCUCAACCUUGUUAUGCUCAACCGCGGGGCGUUCCUCACUCCCACCUAUGACAUCGACCUGCUCUGGCACGCUCACAUGAUGUGUGCAGCAGCAUACACCAAGGACAGCGACUGGCUGUUAAGCCGUCUCCUAGGCCAUGAUGAUUCCGACGCCAUGCCAGUGGCAGCAGCGGCAGCAGCAGCCUCUUCUACCUCCAACACUAUCGACAGCAACACACGCAAGCGCCUCGAGUGGGCCUACCGAGCCACCGCGCAGCUCUGGGACCGAACCUACGGCUCCCCUUUCGACCGCGCCGGAGCUAUGUUCCGCGCCCGUGCCUAUCCCGCCGCCGCCGCUCGUGGCGCCGAGACGGGUGUUGCCUCUGGAAGGAGGAGAGGGGGAGUUUACAGUCGCAGAAAUCUCUUUCUCAUGAUCCGGACGAAGCGCGCCGCCCACGAUUUCUCGCUGCGCACGCGCUCGCUGCCCGCCCGCCCGGGCUGCCGCCCGCCAGCCUGGCGGCAGCGGUGGGCGCUGGAAGCUGAGGUGGCAACAGGAGGGUUGCAAUUCGAGCUAAGAGCCGAAUCAGGGACUUUCUGGGGCGGGUUAUGGGGCCCAAGAAUAGUGGGGAGUGGAGGUAUUACCUGGGAGGAGGUGUUAUCUCGCCCGGCUCUUCUGGUGGAUAGACAGGUGGCGCUGGCCCCUGUUGAUCUGCUCACUGCUGUGGGGAUCAGGGGGGACGGGGACGAUGCGGCAGGGGGGAAUAAGGCAGCAGGAGCAUCGGGGGGAGCGAAUGGAUCGGGCGGGGGGAGCGUUGGAGGAGGGGGGGGGAGCGGGGCGGGAGCGGGGGCGCUGGUGGUGAGUGGGGGAGGGGGGAAGGCGAGUGAGUUGCCGCGGGUGCAUGUGGCGGUGUCCCUCACACCCCCCACACCGGCGCCUUACCUGCUGAGAACAGUGUUCAUGCGCGGCACUGAUGACAACGGUGCCAUGAUCUGUGAAGAAAUAGCCGUGCAGAGAGACUUUCGACCGCAGUACGGCCGGUGGGGGUCGCGCACGGUGUACAACCACGAGGACAAGGAGGUGUUUGUUAUACGCAAGAGGGUGGCCAAGGGCACAUGGCAUGCGCGCUAUCGGCCUGUGCCUGUGGAACCAAAGGAGAAAGUCAUUCUCUUGCACCAGGGUGGGUGGCGCUACAUCGAGACCGACCCUGUCCCUCUACCCGAGCCAGAGCCACCGCACCUGCGGGUGGGGGUGGUGCGGGGGCCGGUGGUGGCGCAGGCGGUGCCACAGGCGUCGGAUGACUACGAUCAGAUCCAACGGUUCUGCUUGCUCGACUGCCUUCCCAACGGCCGCACUGCCACGGUCACCAUCGAGCGUCGACGCGACGCCACGAUUUUCAUCCAGGGGAUAAAGCUGACACUUGAGGAGGAAGGGACCAGCCGGGUCCUGCUGCUGCCAGGUCGCCACCACAAGUACAAGGUCCCAGGAGCCCCCUCAGUGGAAGACCUAAGCUUUGCCACACUCAUCCGCUUCCCUCCAGACGCCCCUCACGGCCGAGCCACGGCCCUACUCAACUGGAAGGGGGCAGCCAUGGAGGUCGCACCAGACGAUUCUGUCCCCCUCGUGCUGCUGCUCUGCACGUGUCUCUCCGAGGCUAUUAAUGAUAUGGCGGGAAUCAACCGCGUCAGAAGGUUCCGGCGCCUGCCAUUGGCCGAUCCCGACCCGGCCAAUCACUGGGGCGCGCUGAGCAUAUCGAGGGACACAGUUGGCGGGGCGGCGGCAGCUGCGGCGGCCAAGAGUGGGGAGGAGGAGUUUUCGUUUUCGAGUGUGGAGAUGAGCCGGCAGAAGUGGUGGAAUAGGAGGCCGCUGCGGUUUGCAGUGGGGUCUGGGAGCUGUGGCGCUGGCGCCUGUGGGCCCAGUUGCACUGGCCCUGUUGACAUCUUCAGUGGGUAA